UCAAGACCUGUCUUCAUCCCACAAACCAUCAUUCAAAUUCAAAUUCAGAUGAAAAGGACACUACAACAGCUACAACACUACAACAACCAUUCAAAUUCCAAAUCAUCACUGUUUACUAAAUCACAUCAUACUUUAUUAGCAGUAGCUAUCCAAAUUCAAAUUCAAAUCCAGGAAAGAUGUUGUGAAUAUCUUCAAUUUAAUCUUGCGUUGUCGAAUUGGAAUAUGGUGGCCUACAUUUGAUUAUUCGGCUAAUCAUCAACGGAUCAUUUGGAUUGCUCUUAAAAGAUAUGAUAAUCCUGAGAUAGCUUUGAAUAUUGGAAUGAUUUUGAAAGAAAUGUUAAGACAUGAAGUCUUGGCUAAAAGUUUACUUUACUCAGAUCAGUUUGUCAAUUGCUGUUUUCUACAUCAGUCUCCUUGAAGCUCAUUCAUUUGGGUAUGAAUUAGAUUAUAUGACUUCCCUCAAUACACUGAACAAACGACAUUCGGAAUUGCUUGUGAUGCUAUGUGAAGUUUCAAGGAAUGCUUAACGCGUCAUAAACCAAUGGUCUCAGCCUUUCUUGAAGACAACUAUGAUCAAUUCUUUGGAAUGUAUUCUUCUCUUAUCCAAUCAACAAAUCACGUCACAAAACAACAAUCAAUCAAACUAUCAGGGGAAAUUUUAUUAGACAAAUCAAAUUAUACUGUGAUGAACAAACAUAUUUCAAAGGAAGAUAACCUGAAAAUCAUGAUGAACCUCUUAAAAGACAAAUCCAAAAACAUCCAAUCCAAAGCUUUUCAUGUCUUCAAGGUCUUUGUCGCUAAUCCACGUAAACCAUCACCGAUUGUAACAAUUCUACGGCAGAAUAAAGAAACACUUAUCGAAUUUCUUCGAGGUUUUCAUAAUGAUAAAGAUGACAAACAAUUCAAUGACAAGAAAGGUUUUUCAAUCAUUCAAAUCAAGAAUCUCAAAUAGACUGCCUUAUCCAUUUUCCUCAUUUCCUUAUAACUGUAAAUUCUUCGUAAGAUGUUGUGUUUUUUUCUCACUAAUUCCACAUGUUGUUCUCAUUUGUACACUCUCUUCUAACCAAAAAACCCCCAACCAACCCUCUUUUGUCUUUCCCCUAUUCCUCUCUCUCGCUAUCUCUUGCUGAAUUCAAGUUCUCAAAUUUAGAUUCUUUAGUAGUACUACUAGUUCUUUCUUUCUUUAUCUUUCAUGUCUAAAUGCCUCUUGUUUCUUUUUGACUUCUUUAUUUUAUUUUCUGAUUUCAAAACCUAGACAAAAAGGAAGAAAACAAAAUUGUUCUCGGAUUGAAAGCAAACUUCCUUGAGACUUUGUAAUCACUUCACUUCAUAAACAAAAAAACAAGAUGACAAAAAGGUUUUGGUUGAUUUAGACAAAGAUGUGAAUUCAUGUAUGUAUCCUAUUGCAAUCGU